CUUCUGUGGCUCCUCAGCCACCGAUAAAUGCCGCUCCCUGCAGUUACUGAGCCCAGAGGAUCGUGUUUCUGUCACUGACUAUAAGCGACUUCUGGAUUCUGGGGCACCCCAUCUGUUGCUGGACAUCAGGCCUAAGAUGGAGUCACUCCUGAAGCCAUUGGCUUCUUGUCUGCUGUUGGGGUCUUUAUUGUUCUUCUGGCCGUCCUCUUCCUCUUCAUCAACAAGAAGCUGUGUUUUGAAACGAUAGGAGGCCUUCCUUUCCUGGAGCACCGAGGGAAAAGAAAGCAUUCUAAAGACAAGACUGGGAUUCACAAGGGGCUGGCUGGAAGUUUUGAGAGUGAAAUAUUCACAGCCAUUAAGAGACCUCCAAAUUAAUUUCUCAACAUGCUUAUUCUGUAGUUCACAUUCAAUCCAGAGCACUGAAGGAACUGAACAACUGGACACUGUAGACAUCAGAUAGCUGGCCAUGGUGUUGGCCAUGGCGUCUCAGGAUGCUCAGAACUUCUUCCAGCCUUUCUCUUCCUGGAUAUCUCGGGUUUAUGAAGCUCUUCAGCAAGCAGGAGAUAUGUUAUCUGCUUCGCUGGUUAACAUAAGCAAACAAGACUCUAAAUUGAGUGACAAACUAGAUCAGGACUUAGAUAAUAUUCAGAUUCAGGAAACGUACUUUGAAGAUGAAGAACAAGACAAUGAUUGGAGUCAAGAGGAUGCAAAUUCCUUGUUUCUUGAAGUGGAUCAUUUCUCAUGUUGUAAUAGUGAUUUGCAGGACUCUGCCCAAAAUUCAAGCCCAAGGCUUAGCCAACAUGCAAGGGACUCAUGUUCCACAAUGUCCCAGUGGCCCAAUUGGGCCAGUGAUGACCGCAAGUUACCACAUGUGCUUUCUUCUAUUGCGGAGGAAGAGCAUCACCUUGAAAAGCAAAGAAGUGGCCUUCAACAUGGCUUUGACAGCCAGCUCCCUGGUACUUUAGAAACUGUUAAUGGAAAAAAGCAAGUCAACAGCUUUGGGGAUGACGAAGAGCUGUCCACAUCUUCUGACAGUGACGAGGAGGUGAUCAAACAAUUUGAGAUUUCCGUGUCCCGGUCCCAGAGUUUCCGUUCAGUGACAUCUGAGAAAGGAAAGCAGACAGGAUUGGAGCAGAAACCAAAAUUCAGCCGUUCGUUGUUGACACACGGAGAAGAUGGCACAGAAGUAUCUGCCUGCGAAGAUUUGGAUGGAGCCAGCCAACGGCGUUAUUCUGAGAAUCUCUCCUACGGUGAAGAUGACCACAUCCGUGCUCACUCACAGUCCCCAUGUGAAAGGGGGGAUGCCAAACACCACGGCACAUCUCACCUAGAGUCCAAUGUGGUCCAAAGCCUCAGGCGCCAAUCCACAGAGGGCAGCUUGGAGAUGGAGACAGCUUUUAAUAGCCGGGGAUUUGAAGAUUCCUAUGCCACUGACAGCUCCUCCAUGUGGAGUCCAGAGGAACAGGACAGGACCAAUUUGCAGGUGCCAUCCGGGGUCUCAGAGCCCAUCUCAAAGUGUGGUGACCUAGAUGUCAUCUUUGAAUAUAGAGCCGCCAGCCAGAAGCUCACAGUGACCAUUGUGAGGGCACAGGGCCUCCCAGAUAAGGACCGAAGUGGUGUCAACUCCUGGCAAGUUCAUGUAGUGCUGCUGCCUGGUAAGAAACAGAGGGGCAGGACGAACAUACAGAGAGGGCCCAACCCCAUCUUCAGGGAGAAGGUCACCUUUGCCAAGCUGGAGCCCAGAGACGUGGCUGCCUGUGCUGUCCGCUUCCGCCUGUACGCUGCCCGGAAGAUGACCCGAGAGAGAAUGAUGGGAGAGAAACUAUUCUAUCUCAGCCACCUGCACCCAGAAGGGGAAAUGAAAGUGACUCUGGUUCUGGAGCCAAGAAGUAAUAUAAGCAGUGGAGGGUCUCCGCUCAGCCCAUCUGCGGUUUCUCACAGUGAUAGUACUUCAUCCACGCAGUCGCUGUCUCAUGGAGGGGCGCCAGAGCUGUUGGUGGGGCUCUCGUACAAUGCCACAACGGGGCGAUUAUCUGUGGAAAUGAUCAAAGGCAGCCAUUUCCGAAACCUCGCUGUUAACCGAGCACCUGAUACAUAUGGAAAACUCUUUCUCCUCAAUUCUGUGGGUCAAGAGAUGUCCCGUUGCAAGACGUCCAUUCGGCGUGGUCAGCCCAAUCCUGUCUAUAAGGAGACCUUUGUUUUCCAGGUGGCCCUCUUUCAGCUGUCUGAUGUCACGUUGAUGAUUUCCGUUUAUAACAGGCGUACUAUGAAGCGUAAAGAGAUGAUUGGCUGGAUUGCCCUGGGCCAGAACAGCAGUGGAGAGGAGGAACAAGAUCACUGGGAGGAGAUGAAGGAAACCAAAGGCCAGCAGAUCUGCAGAUGGCACACUUUACUGGAAUCCUAGGUUUGCUAACCUGCAUUUGUGUGCUGUGUCCACCUUGGUUACCUGUGUUGCUGUCUACUGACACCAAGUGUCCUGGCAAGGGUUUCAGGGUUUCAAAAACAGAUUCCACUAACCCCUAGGACAUUGUGAGUGGGAGUUUUGGGUUUCUCAAUGGUUUGAUUUGGAUUUAAAUAUUGUAAUUUUAAAAACACACAUACACAGUGAAGUGUCUGUAUGGAAAAUAUUAUACCACAAUUAAGACCACUGAUGAGUUAAUUUGUGCCAAUAGAUCAUUGAGUUUUAGUUCAGGGUAUGGGGUGAAGCUUCUUCUGCUGUCUCUGUUUGCUUGAAGAGUAACCUGAGAUUGCAAGGGAGCUGUUAAUUGUUACUAUUUGCAACCAUUUAGGUGGAUGAAUCAGAAUUUUCUUAAUAUGGUACAAAAAACUCCAAAAUAUAGAUAUGAAUCAGAUGCUGAGCCUCAUAAAAGAAUCAAACUCUAAUCCAUAAACUCUUAUUUCACAUUUUUCUCUUUAUCAAAGAAACCUAUUUACCUAACGAGUAAAUAUUAUAAACUUGCACUUUUAAAAUAAAUUUGUAUUAAUUAAAUACCUCUUUUAUCUUAUAUUUUGUGGUUUCUAUGAGAUUUGGUUAGAUGAAUCAUUUUGAAGCAAGAAAAGAGUUCAGAAACUACUGUUUUAAGACAACUUGUCUCCUUUUGAAUAUGUAAGAUUUCAAACUUGUAACUUUCAAGGUUUUUAUGCUGUCUUUCUCACCCAAUAAGUUCUUACAGAAUAAGAAAACAAAAAACAAGACUACUUCAGUCAUAGAUUUAUUGAUUUUUCUGAUUCUGGUGUUCUUUUGGAUUAUCCUUUUUCUAUGUUCAAUUAUAUAUACUCAUAUAUGAAUAUUUUGAAUGUACUGCAUGUAAACCAUGCUCUUUUUAAACUGAGUAUUUUCCAUCACUAGAGCAUAGUAAAUUGUACACAGUGAGUCCUUAAUAAAUAUUGAUUUGAUUGACUCUUCAAAGUGAACUUGUUAUAACACCUGUGAAUGGAGAAAUAUUUUCAGCUUGUGUGGAAUGACAUUAAGUUUUUCUUUGAGCAUUUGAAGUGCCUAUAACAGUCAUUUUUUAUGGCAUUUGCAGCAACAUAUAUUAGUCACUACUUGCAAUCUGGGCAUGUGCCAUUCAGAACACUGAUCUUGUAUGGUUAUGAGCAUGGGAUUUUACUUAUGACUUAAUUUUACAUAUUUAUGCAGUGCAUGUUUACUUUCCUUAUUCAUAGGUCUGGGCCCUUAAUUUCAAUUACUUUAAAUUGGCAUUAAUAAAAAAAUAGGGAAAGAAUGUAUGUACAUUUAAUCCCUGCGCUCAAUGUGCAGCUCUUCUGAGCAAUUGCUCAGUCACCUAUUUUUAGUUUCUGUGUUUCAUUGUGGACUUUUUCCUGUCUGUGGGAAGAGUGAUAGCUAGUGAUGGCUGUAUACAGUUAAAAACACAUAACUCCUCCUCAGCUCCACGUUUUGACAGAUUGUAAGCGUAGGCUGUAACACUUGAAGAACAUAUUUAUUCCUUACAGUGUGUAAUGGUUAUCCUGACAAGACCAGACUAGGGCACAGGAUAACUCUACUAUGCUUUCAGGGUUCAGUCUUUGAAUGAAAUGAUUUCAUAUGGAAGAAUGAGAAUUUGCCAAAUAAAUUAAUACCUUAAUUACUUUUCAGGUCAUGGGAGUUUCAUAUAUAUGGCUGCUCAGUUAUUAGGAAUAUGUAAUAAAACCAUGUUCCUCUGGGUUUUUACUCUACCUUUCUUUGGGAGAUCUCAGAGUGCUUUUCCAGCAUUAUAUCCAUUAACUGCUGAGUGGUCUUUGCAGCGUGGCUAAGUCAUUGAGUAGAACUGAGUGCGAUUGAUUAAGUAGCAGCACAAAGAAGUGGCUUUUCACAUCUCUUACUCUUUAUGCCUUGUGUUUAAAGGGAAGUAGAACAGCCUCGCUAUGCUUUCCUUUAUGCAGUAACAUAAUAGCAGCAUUCAUUUUAAAAUUUACAUUUGAAAAAAAUCUGUAUAUAUUGUACAGACAGCCCUGAAUUUUUCCCUCUCAUAUUUUCCUGCUGCUGCAUCCUUGUUUCUUGGUACCCAAUAAUCACCUAUACUUCAUUUUCUGUUCCCAAGACCCACCCAUUUUUAAGGUUUUCGGCUGGUGUAGUGAAGAUAUUUGUGUGCUUGAUCUGCCUUCCAAUGGUCUGUUUAUGAUACAGUUUACAGGAAUGCGCACCAUUUUAAAGGAAGGAAUGCCUGAAAACAUUUUUUAUUUUUAUGAUUUUACUAUGUUGGUGCUACUCACCAAAUAGGAUGCAUGUACAUCUUGAAUAUACAGCAACAUUCACCCUCAGCUGAUUGUAUAAAUUUAAAUGCUGAAGACAAGAUAUAUAACAAUAUGUGGCUGAUUUUUUUUACCUUUAUUUGAAAUUCUAGUUUAGUAAGAUCUUUUGAUUUUGUGCACUUAAACUCCCUUAUUUUCUUGGCAAAGUCUAGACACAAAUGCAUUUAACAUGUUUUUCACUUGAGCUUUUACAUUUGGUUUUCAGAAGAGUUAUGAAAGAUAAUUAGUUGGUUCUGCAGUAAAAAACUGCUUUUGCCUAUUUCUUCCAGCUAAUGAUUAAUAUCUCAUAGGGAGAUUUGACAUUGAAGCAGCACUGGUUUUUGUUGCUUGAGUAGGUCUUUCAGCGAUUUUGCCUGAAGAGCAUGCUUUUAAAAUAAUAUCGUUAGGAGUAAAUGAUGCACUGUGUUUAUGGAAAUCUGCUUUAUAGUGUGCCUUCUUUUAGGGUGUGAGUUUACACUGAAUUGAGAAAUCCUGAUUUCACCAAUUACGGUGGUGGCUGUUGUACUCUCUACUCCCCUCUGACUAUUGUUGAAUUUUUAAAUGGACCAUUCACCAGGCAACCGAACACCUGCUCUCCGUUCCCUCUCCUUCACUGGCUCCCAGUGUGAUGCACAGUUGUUUUGGACUCUGUUUUUGCUGAUGCUGCAUAACUGUUGGAGGUGGGGGUGUCUUGCCUUCCCUAACAUAAGAAGAAUUUGUAAUGUCUUUGGAUGUAUUAUACUCGGCAUUCCACCUGCAUGAAAUCAGGGAAAGAAUCAUCACCAUGUUUGUGAGAGGGAAAAGAGUAUGGCAUUACAUAGUCAUUCACUUUAGGCACUAUUAAUUCUGACAUCCUUCAUUGAAAAUUAACUGACAUCAAAUGUCAAUAUUCUCCAUAGUCCUAGGUGCCAGUGAGCCUGAAACACAGCUUCUGCCUUUUCAAUGUGUAGAUUUCAUGAUAUUUUACAAAUUAUUGUUACCUCUUGUGCAGUCACUGUGCUUUAGAUGACCUUAUCUGAGAAUCAAAAUUAUUUUCUUUCCAGAUGAAGUACUAUUUAAGUAGAAACUAGCAUUAGGUUAAAUCAAAGUGCUUCUCUGAUAGCCACCGAUUUGAUUUAAUUGAUGAUUCGGUGUGGACACCACUGUGGGUUUCCAAAAAAACUGGUUAUCCUUUUGCAGCAGAGGACUUAGUAUUUUAAAAACAGAAAAGUAAGUAGGAAAGGAUUAUUUGUAAAUGUCAUAAAACCAGAUGGAGGCAUAUUCUUUACUGAUAAAGAAACAGGACUAGAACAUGCAUGUGGUAUCUCCUUUUACUUUUGAGGAAACUGUGGUUAAAGAACAUUCUAUUCUAUUUGAUCUAAGAGCAAAGCAAAUGAUGGAUAAUCCUGAAAUGGUAAAAGUAUUUUUGUCUUAAAAAUUAUUCAUUUGGGCAAAGUCAUUUACAACAAAAUAAAAAGUCAUACAGCAUACCUAUGGAAGAAUUAAAGAAUAAAUAAAUGUGCUGGAUACAUUUAGCAUCCUCCAGUGAGUUGUAUGUAAGGAGAGUAAACUAAUAAACCAAAAUACAUAUCAGAUCAACUAGCUAUCACUUUUCUAAAACUUGUAGAAUUCUGAAAAAUAUUUAAAGAUGGGAGAAACAAAACUGUCCUAAGACAAUGAGAUUGGCAUAGCACAGUGAAGUUGGCACAAACUGUGAUCCUGGCCUGGGUUUACAUGAAACUCUGCUGUGUGGCCUUAAGAAAAUUACUUAGCCAGCCUGUAUCCUGGUUUCUUCAACUGGAAAAUGGAAAUAAUACCUACCUCAUUAGGUGUCUUAAAAGAUAUCAGUGAAAUCACAGAUGUAAUGUGCCUAGCGUAGAGCCGGGCAUGUAGUUAGCAUUCCGUAGUUCCUCCUUACAGUCAUGCCUGAAAAAGAAAAUAUUUAAGAUGUAUCUUCUCUUUCUAGCAAAUGUUAUUAUAACACUAGAGAAAAACAAAAACCAACGUUCAGAUACUGUAACAAGGAUAGGCUCAUGAAGCCAGGCUGGAUUUGUAAAUAAAGGAGGCUUCAUCAGGACAGCCUAAUCAGAGAUAAGCCUGGUAUGUGGAGGAAAUUGAGCCUUAAUAGAGUCCAACUGUGGUAGAACCAAGUCUUUGCAUUUAUCCCCUUAGUUUGGAGGGAGUACAAAUCCUUGAUGGUUUGUGUGUACCUCUUGAUCGAUCACAAACAAGGCCUCUCCUUGUCUCCAGUUCUCUUAUUCAUAAAUGGACAAGGCAUCUUGUCGCCUUUAUCAAAAGAGUUGGUGACAAUGGCAGUUUGACUACAUAUUUCAACUGUGAUCCAAAAAAGUAAAAUAAAUGAUGUGAUACUAUACUGAGACUCUUCUAAAAAUGGAUAACACUUUCUUUAAAACCUGCAUUAUAUAUCCAUUUUAUAUCCUGAUAGCCAAACAUUUUAAAAUACUCUAAUAACACAGCUCUCAAAAUGUAUCUGUUUGACUGGAAUGUCCUAUUCAGAACAAAUUAUCACUGUUUCCCUUAUGAGAUCAUAAUGAAAGAAAUUCAGUUGAUACUGCUUUUUAAAAUGGGUUUUAAGAGUGGCUUGUUGAUAUAAUAGCGUGUCCACUUGUUCUCAAGUGAUUCAAACCUUGAGUAAAAAGGAGAGUUUCUGGAGAAUUUAGAAGAAUCUUUGUUGACAUUUAAUCUAGAGAAGUCUUCAGGAGCAAACCACUUCAAGUUCAGUGUAACCAGGUGCCAUGAGUCAGUCAUGUGCUACUUGUGGUUUUAAACGAAACAUGAUUCUGGGAUGAGAAGUGCGAGGCUACACUCCUAAUAUAAUCAAAUUGCCAAAGCACUGUUUUGAGUCCUCGGUAUCCCAAUUAAGGAGAAACAUGAAGACAAUGGAGAAUCACUUAGCUUAGGGCUUUUAGUAGGGAAUAAUUAAACAUGUAGGGAAGGUGAAGGAGUUAGAUGGGAGGUAAGAAGGCUGAGGAGAUUUCUAGUAACAGUGAUCCAAAAGUUCUAACCAGCGGGAUGGUGUACACUUUCUCUUCUUGACCACAUGGAUAGAUUUCAGAGCAUCCCUCUAAAUCAAGUCUGGAGAAUUAUGUGAAGGUUGUUUCUCAUUAAUUCAAAAUGUAUUCAUUGUCUAGUACUAUGCUAUCCUGGGCUGGCACAGAACUUAAAAUCUCUUUGGAGUGCUGUGAGUGCACAUUGAAGCAGUUGGUCAUCGUUAUACAAUGAUGCUUACCAAUAUACAACUGUUAAGUUAGUCUAACUAUGUGCCGUAAACAGUAGAGUUCCUUGUUACUAGUAUUGGAAGGUGAAACAUUGGCUGAAUUUAUUGGGGCAAGCGUCUGGGAAGCCUUGGACUGGCAGUGAGUCUUGGUUGUGUUAUAUGGGAAAUUGGUGGGGAUGGGGGUGUCAUAGAAUCAUCAUCUUUGGAAGUUUUUUAAAAUAGAAAAAUGUACUUGAAGUCUUCGUUCUGCUAAAGAAGAAUGAGAGGACACCCAUGAAUAUACCCUUUAUAAAGUUCCUUCUAAUAUUUAGGUGUAACGUUAAAAAAGAAUCAACAAUAACACUCCAGGCCUGUCUUCUUCCACUUUGGACAUUUUUUCCACAUUGAUUUUUCUCUGCAUCAUAGAAAGUUUUCUCUGAAGAGUUCCUAUUUGGGUUUUGUUUAGGGCUUUGGGGAUGCCUGCAGGCUCAGGGGGAGUUUCCUCUCCUAUGGUGCUUUGACUGUUUUUGUUUCCCUUGGGUCACAAAACCGUAUCCUAGACACACAGACAAUAAUCACCUUAUUUAUAUCCACUGUGGAACCUGUGAAACAGCUCGAGGCUUUACAGAACAAGCUCAUAGGCAGUCAUGGAGAUCUGAGGCCUUUCUUGGAAUGAAGCCGCUAACUUGCUAACUGCUUUCCAUUGCUCACUAAUGCUGCCUUAAGGUUUCUUCAUGGGAAUUUUUACUUCAUGCCUUUGAGUGACAGUGUUACCAGUUUUACUUUGAGGAUGAUGAGAAGGCUGACUUCCUAUUGUAUUGCCAUAUUUAUGCAUUAUUUUUGUUUACGUCAUUUCCCCCUUGAAGUAUCUAGUUGCUGGGGUUUUGUUUGUUUUAUACAAAAUUUAUUCAUUCAAAAAGAUCUUUAUAGGUUGGGCAUGGUGGCUCACACCUGUAAUCCCAGAACUUUGGGAGGCCGAGGUGGGAGAACAGCUUGCGUCCAGGAUUUCUAGACCAGCCUGGGCAACACAGUGAAAUCUUGUCUCUACAAAAUACCAAACAUUCGCUGGGUAUGGUGGUGUGCGCCUAUAGUCCCAGCUCCUCAGGAGGCUGACGUGGGAGGAUUGCUUGAACCUGUGAGGUCAAGGCUGCAAUGAGCCGGGAUCAUGCCACUGCAUUCAGCCUGGGUAGCAGAGUGAGACUCUGUCUCAAAAAAACCAAAAAACAAGACCUUUUUAAGUGUAAAUGUUCCAGACUCAGGGUUAGGGGUUGGAGAAUGGCAGAUGGAUAAAAUAGUUUGUUCAACAAUAUUUUUUUGUUGUUUCUAAAUAUUCUUUUUAAAAACUAGAGUCUGAUAAGAAAUCUAGGUAAAAAGAUCUUUUAUUAACCUUUAAUUUUUGGCUUAAUGUAUUUCUGUAAUUGUCUCUUUCCCCCUUUGAAAGGCAGAAGAUUUAGGGAAGGUGAAAGUUAUUACCCUAUAUCUAAUUAAGAAAUAGAUACACUUGUUUGUCAGUCUAUGCUUUCAUUCAAAAUAAAUGGAUAUGUUUUGUAUCUGGGGGAGGAAAUGCAUCAUUCCAUUCCAGCAGUGAAAAUAAUUAUAGCAUCAAAUAGGAUAUUUAGUAUUCUUGACUUUUAUAAUUAAAUACUGAAUGCCCUUUGCAAGACAGUAAGUUAGAUCCUGGAAUGCUAGGUCUGUACAAACUUGACACAUUUCUUACAAGCUCUGUGUUUUAAUAGUCAAAGGCAUUGCUACCCUUUGCUUUUUGAAAGAGUGAACUGGUAACAGUAGCCGCCAGAGAAAGAGGUGACAAUCUAAACAAAGAGCCCUGCUUACCUUUCUGUGACUAAAACUAGUCUUAAAAACUGAAUACAUUUGGGGCAUCCUUAAGAAAUAGGUAAAGGUCAACAUUGGGAGUGUCCCUACCUUGGCAGAUAGACCAAUACUUUUUUCCUAGACUCAACCCAUUUUUAAAGCAGGAGUUUUUCCAAUGGAUUUAUUGUUUAUAAUUCUACUAAACAUGUCUUAGUCCAUGCAAAUUAACUCAAAAUCUUUAGUGGCCUGAAAAUUCUGACUGAAAGCAAGUUUUUCGUGUUGCCCAGUUGAUAGUCCAUAAUAAAAAAUGUACGUAUCUUGUUUAAAAAAAGACCUUGAUGUUUGAGAAGAAAUAUCGGAAGUCUGCCAGUAAAAACUCUGAUUAAGUGAGGAACAUGUACAUUAAAAGAUAUUUUCAUGUAAGUUAUUUUAAGAUAGUUGCAUUCUAGGACCAUGUUUCUUUUUUGAGAGUGUUUCUUUGUCAAGUUCCUUAUAGCCAAUGCCUUGACCAAAGCUUACUAAUUUUGCCACAUUUCCUUGUGGGUUAUGAUAAUCUUUAUUAAUUCACAACUCUACCAAAUUACAAUACAGUCUUUUAUUAUGCCACCAUAUGAAUGCAGCUGCAAAUUCAAUUUUGUGAAAUACAAAGUCCUUUCCAGAAUUUUAAAACUUAAUUUCAGUAUAGAUUUUAAGUUUGUGAAUAUGAAAUCAGUAUUUGUAUACCUUAUUAUGACAGAGGUUUCUGUUACAAUAUUUUCUGUUAUAGUGUUGGGAUAGGAUUUGACCUGUAUUUUCAGGUUAAAGCUGGUCUUUGAGAUCUACUUUUUAAGAAAUUAAUAAAUUUUAUUUUUUAGAGUUUUAGGUUCACAGCAAAAUUGAUCCUAAAAUAUGGAGUUCUCACAUACUCCAAACACAACCUUCUUCCCCGUGAACAUUUUGAACACCACAGUGCUAUAUUUGUUACAACUGAUGAACCUUCAUUGACAUAUCAUUAUCACCCAAAGUGCAUAGUUCAUAUUAAGGUUCACUCUUGGUGUUGUGUAUUUUAUGGAUUUUGACCAAUGCACAAUGACGUGUGUCCACUAUUGUAGUAUCAUACAGAAGAUUUUCACUGCCCUAAAAAUCCUCUGUGCUCUGCCUAUUCGUUCCUCCCUCCCACCUAAGCCCUGGCAUCCACUGGUCCUUGUACUGUCCCCAGAGUUUUGCCUUUUCCAGAAUGUCAUACAGUAUGUAGCCUUUUCAGAUUGGCUUUUUUUUUCACUUAGGGAUAGUAAUUUAAGUUUUCAUGUCUUUUUAUGGCUUGAUAGUUCAUUUAUUUUAAGUGCUGAAUAAUAUUUCAUUGUCUGGUUGUAUCACCAUUUAUGACCUAUUUGCUCUUAUUUCUAGUUCCAGUUGCUAUGGCAAAUUUUAUUAAAGUGCGUGCUCUCAGGAAAAGCUUCAUAUAUUUUAUGUGAUCCAUCAAAUAAAAUGUAGCAACUUCCAGUCUAGAAUAAAUUUCACCUAUAUGAUAUUGAGCUUGUUUUACAUUGGGGGAGGAGAUUUAUGAAAAAUAUAAUAAUUUCAUAAUUUAUAUUACCCUAUCUAUGAGUUUUUCCCUCCAUUGGAAUCUAAACAGAAAGUUCUGAAGGUUAUGAAGAUGUGAUCCCAAAUUUAGUGACUCUGUAGUGUCUUUUGUUGAGCAAUGAGUUAAAUACCUGUCGAUAAAAAGUGUUAAUUAUGUUAUUACUGAUUCAUGAUAGAAAAUCACCUUCUGUCGCUAGUUUAUAUGACUUUACAUUUACCACUCCUGCCAAGAGAAAGGAAGCUUUGUGAUUGUGCCCCGUCAUAGUUAAUUGUACAAAUCAAUUAAAAAUGGUAUGUAAGCAUCUGGCUCACACAGCAGCUCUGAAUUCUGAAUGAAAAGAUAACCCAUGCUAAUGUAUAGGUUGCAUGAACAAGUAGAUGGGUGUUGGAAAGAAAACACUGAUAGUCACUCUGGGUGAAAGGGGAGGCCUGGCCAAUGAUUCGUAUCUGAGAAACAUUUUGAGAUUAUUUGUAUGUCUUCUGACUGCCCUUUGCUUUGUAGCUACAGCAACUUGCAGAACCUGGCAUUAUUGCAGAGAUGAAGGUAUAGUUGUGUAAAGAAUAUUGGAUUAAAGUUGAUGAGGCCUGUGUUCUGAUAUCAAAUCUUCCACUAAUGAGCUCUAAAAUGAAUAUCAAGUCACAAUUUCUUCAAGCCUUCAUUGUUGCAUCUAUCAGAUGGGAAUAGUAAUACUCAUUUUACCUAUUUUUACCAGGUGGUUGUAGGAACAGGAUUCAUUCAUUCCUUCAUUAAUAUAAUGAACACUUUGAGACCCCACUAUAUAACAGGGCCAUAAAUAUGACAAGGUGAUAGAUGGAAAGACAUUUUGCAGAAUUUUUGAAGACUUGCAGUGUUUUUGAAGACUACAGGAUAGUUUGUGAUUUUUAUAUUAAGGUCAUAUCAACUCUUUAUGUCAAUAUAUCAAAGUAAUUGACACUUUUAGAGCUCUGCCAAUCAGUGGGCCAUAUUCAUAGAAUGUCAGUAAUCUGUCUGAAUACAAGUUAUAGUUGGUCUUUAGCUGUUCUGUCUCUGAGGAGCUAGAAAUAAAAUAUUAGGUUCUAAUUUUUUUUUUGUUCAAACACUGAUCAUAUAACAAACUGCAAAUCCAUGUUUUCAGCAGGUUCGCCAAACUUUGAGUUGAAUGUAGACCUUUCUUUAGAACAACCUAACUUUGAGUACAGGCAAAGUAUUAAAUGGAAUAGCUUUUCCUCCCCUACAAAGUGGAUUUGAAUACAGUCCUUAGAAAAAUUCUUCCCCUGCCAAAAAAGGUCCUUCAAUCUACUUUACUAUUUUUCUUUUGAAGAAUCAAACUUGACCAUCUCUCCCCUCCCAAGUGACUUUCCUCACUCAUAUAAUCAUUUUCUUCAUAAAUGCCCUUUUAUUAUCCCACAGAAAAAGUAAAGAUUUAAAAAAUCAUUUUUAAGGUACAUCCAAGAUUUCAUAGCAAUAUUUUAUUUGUGUUCACAGUGCAAGAUAAAUCUGACUUUCUCAAUAUUUUUGGUCUUCAUAUGGCAUCUGAAACAGUUGUUCACAUUCACACAUUUAUGUUUCACCAUAUGCAUACUGUGUACAGCUCUGUUGUUCUAAAAUAUUUUAUUGGUUUUCCUUUAUAUCUCAACUUUUGAUGGGUGUCCUUGAAGAACUUUCAUGAAAAAAAUGUAAAUGUGAAUGAUUCAUUCAUUUUGAACAUAUGUAACUAUUUUAGGAGAUUUUCAGGAGAUUUUACCCUACAUGGAGUACACUGUUCUUAGCAGGGAAUAUGCUUUAUAUUACUAUUCUACUCACAGCUGGAUGCUGCAGAUGUAUUAACAUUGUAAACAUGUACUUUUUCUAUUCUAUGCUUACUUUAAUACAUUAUUUAUAUGUACUAGACUGUGCUGAGUUUUGGUGGUUGUCAAAGGCAGUCAGUAAUUUUAUAAAUUUCACUUUUGUGGAUAGUUAAGUAUAACAUGGUUUAGUAUAAAAUCUGGUCUUCCUCUAGAUUUCUAAGUCACUAGAAGAAUUUCUUGGCAAAUUGAUUGUUCGAGGCCAGUUUUGUUAGUUGUAAGGUGGAAGCCACCCCAAUCCUCUCCCAGUGUUUCAUAGGCAUUUUCAGACCUGGAUGCUAUUAUAGUUCCUCCUCUAGGUUUCCAGUAGAGAAUUCGUAUGUGGUCCAGAGGUUCAAGAGAGAGAGAGAAAAAAUUUCUCCUCAGAAGAAUUGAACCCUUACUUUAGAAACUCCUGACAAUCUUCAGAACAUUCCAUGUGGGUGUCCUUGUGUUUCUCAUAGUAUGACUUAUUGAUUCAUGGUGUCUCUUAUUAAAGAAGCAUGAAUGUAUCACUAGCUGUUACCAGAACAAACAGCUGUAGAAUGUAAUGACCCAUCCUAUUUCUAAAUUUACUUCUAUCAGUGGAUAAUUUGUGUAUAGGAAAAGGUGUGGAAAUUUUUUAAUUGUUAAAAACUGGAAUACCUUUCUACCUUUUGUAGUCUUUAAGAUUUCAUAAUGAUGGUUUUAAUGUAUUACUAUCUUACUAUUAUGUAUUGUGUUUAAACAAGACCAAUCAGUGAAAUAUUGAAUGUCAAUACUUUUUGUUAGAAAUGCCCUCUGAAAAUGUUAGAAAAUGUAAAACUUUACCUGUGACAAGGAAUAAAUUCAUGAUUAGAAGAAUUAUACUGUUUUUCUUGUGCAAAUAAUACUUAAGGCAGAUGUUCAGUCUCACAGUGAUGUUGGAAAGCAUAUUUUAUGCAGUCUAAACACUAUUUCUGUAUUAGAUAUUUAAAUGCAUGAGGAUAAAUUCUAAUUGCUUUUUGUUUAAAACAGAAACAUAGAAGAAGCAUUAGCCCCAGUUUGUAUAAAAUGUCUGCUGCAACUGAAUUCAUGAUAGUUCAUGAAAACUGAAAAUCAUUCCAAUUUUGUAAAACUGCUGCUACUGGUUUUAUCAAUAAAGUUUUAGCAGAUGGCUUAUA